GAUAGUCUGCCAAUGUUGAAUUUCCUCAGACAGACAGGACGACAAGCAGGUGGAAGGAGACGGGAUUUGUCCUGAGUGAGAUGGCUGCUCUCAGAUUCUGUCUUCGAGGCUUUUACUUCUUCUUCUUCUCAAUGCCAAGAACUGCCAGUUUCCAGAACAUUACAGUGCUGGAAUCUCUGGGUGAAAUGAACUCGGAGACAAGCUGGACAAAUGAAUCCAAGGAUGCUGCAGACGUCUUUGAUUAUCAGCAUGAAAUGAACUCGGAGACAAGCUGGACAAACGAAUCCAAGGAUGCUGCAGACUUCUUUGAUUAUCAGCAUGUCCAGGUUCCCUUCGAGAUUACGUUGUGGAUCUUGUUGGCUUCCUUGGCCAAAAUAGGUUUCCAUCUGUUUGACAAACUACCAUCGGUUGUCCCUGAAAGCUGCCUAUUGAUUGUUGUUGGCCUCAUCGUGGGUGGCAUUAUCUUUGGCUUGAAUGACAAGUCACCUCCAGUUAUGGACAGUGAUAUCUUCUUCCUCUAUCUCCUGCCCCCCAUUGUCCUGGAUGCAGGCUAUUUCAUGCCAAGUCGGCCCUUUUUUGAGAACAUUGGAACCAUCCUCUUGUAUGCUGUGGUGGGAACAAUCUGGAAUGUCUUUGGCAUCGGAUUUUCCCUCUAUGUGAUAUGUCAAGCCAAUGCUUUCCAGCUGGGGGACAUCUCCUUGCUUCAUAAUCUCUUAUUCAGUAGCUUGAUCGCGGCUGUUGACCCAGUUGCGGUUCUCUCAGUCUUUGAGGAGAUCCAUGUCAACGAAAAGCUUCACAUUUUGAUAUUUGGGGAGUCUCUCCUCAACGAUGCUGUGAGUGUUGUGCUUUACAGGCUGUUCCGGUCCUUUUGUGAAAUGCCGACGAUCAGAACUGCCGAUGUGUUUGUUGGCAUUGGGAAGUUUUUUGUGGUGGGCGUUGGGGGGCUCCUGGUGGGCCUUCUCUAUGCUGUGACUGCAGCCUUCACCACUCGCUUUACCAAAAAUAUCUUGGUGAUUGAACCUCUUUUCGUCUUCCUCUACAGCUACUUAUCUUAUCUCACUGCAGAAAUGUUUCAUCUCUCUGGCAUUGUGGCAAUCAUUUCUUGUGCCUUGGGCAUGAAGCGCUACGUGGAAGCCAACAUCUCUCUCAAGUCCCACACCACCAUUAAAUACUUCAUGAAGAUGUGGAGCAGUGUGAGCGACACUCUCAUCUUCAUCUUCCUUGGCGUCUCCACCAUUAGGGACAAUCACGAGUGGAACUGGCCCUACAUUUGUUUCACCCUAAUUUUCUGUCUCCUUUGGAGAGCACUGGGUGUUCUGGUCCUGACCUUCAUCAUCAACAGGUUACACAUCAACGCUGUUACACACAAGGACCAGUUCAUUAUUGCAUAUGGCGGCCUUAGAGGGGCCAUCUGUUUCUCCUUGGUGGUUUUGCUCCCUGACUUCCAGAGGAAGAAGCUCUUCACUGCGGCAACCACAGUUGUUAUUCUCUUUACUGUCUUUGUACAGGGGAUGACCAUCCGUCCCCUCGUUGGCUGGUUACACGUCACUCGAAAACAAGAAAGCGGCCCCACGGUGGGAGAACAAAUUCAUAUCCGGUUCCUGGAUCAUUUGUUGGCUGGUAUUGAAGAUAUAUCAGGACACUGGGGACAAUAUUAUUGGAAAGACAAAUUAGAGUAUUUCAACAGCAAACACUUGCAGAAAUAUUUGGUCCGGGAAUAUAUGCAGCCCAAGUCAAGCAUUGUUCUUCUGCAUGAGAAACUGGAGAGGAAGCGUGCCAUUGAGUUAGCUGAAGCAGGUCAGCUGUCGUGGAGACCUUCCCGUAAAGUAUUGCUUCAUAAGGACAAUCCUGUCACCGUAACUGAUGACACAGAGAGUCUCAGUCAAGAUGAGGUGAAUGACAUCCAGAAGAUACUGGAGAAGAACUUGUACAAAACAAGGAAGAUGGUAUCGGCCUAUAAUCGCUACACACUUCCUCAGGAGCCAGAACCAGCGGAACAAGUCAAAGAGAUUGUGAUCCUCAGACACAAAAGUUUGCAAAUCUGCCCGGAGAGAAGUGCCUCAGACUACCUCAGGAAGGAGGUACAUGGCUGUGAGGAGGUGGAGGAAGAGGACUCGUCAACUGGGGAAACAGAUCCCAAACUAGACCUGCCCAGGUCUCUUACUGACAAACAUUCCAGAAAAGUGUCAUUACUGAAACCAGGUCGCUCAAAGUCACUUGGUUUUAUUUCACUUGGGUGCUCCGAUGCAAAUCAGCAGGGGGAAGGAGCAACUGAACAAGCAGUGAUUUCUAAGGAGAAGUAGCACACACAGUUGUAUAUUUUUCUUUUCAUUCAUUUUAAUUGAUCCCUCACUC